UGUUUUGUCUAUUGUUAUGAUUUGACGUCACGAAGGUGGACGUCAUCUUGAAUGAAAAAUUCUUAUUUUAUUAUUUAUUUUGCUAAAUUAAACACGUAACGCGGAGCUAUAUUCAGUGAUAAAAGAUAAAAUUAAACAACCCUGCCUGUGAUGUAUUCAAUCAAUAUCAGUUCUGUGUCUAGCGAGUGAAGGUGACGCUAUACGCUAUUGUGUCGGUGAUGUAAUUUAGGUGAUUGGGUGGCUUCCUAGUCCUAAGUACUAACUACAAUGGAAGAGUCCUCAUUCACGAUCCCGGCCGACGACAAUGGUGAUACUGAGCUCGACCCUAGAAUACAGGUGGAGCUCGAGAAGCUGAACGCAGCCACCGAUGAGAUCAACAAACUGGAAUUGGAGCUAGAUGAGUCUAUGAAAACAUUCCACCUGCUCCUGAAUGAGACGUCGCGUCGGCUGCAGGCGUGGACCAAGCGGUUGGGGACGUGUGUGGACAAGUCCAGACCUUACUACGAUGCCGUGGCACUGGCCACCACUGCCAGGCAGGAGUGCCAGAAGGCUGCUGUACAGUUCCAGAGAGCUAGUGAACUGCACGCCGCUGCCAAGGAGACGGUGACGCUGGCUGAGCAGCGGUUCGUGAGCAAGCAGGACGAGUGGCAGUUCGACAGCAACUGGCAGGAGGUGCUCAACCAUGCCAUCAUCAAGGUCAUGGACGCUGAAAAGCGAAAAGCGGAGAGCGGACGAGAACAUCAGAGGAAGGCAGCUGCCUACAUCGCAGCUGCGGAAAAGGUGACACAAUUAGAAGAGAAUCUAAAACGGAAUAUCAUAAAGUCACGAGUUUACUUCGAAGAGAAGAAACUGUGCGACGAACAACUGCAAACACAGAAUGAGAAGAUAGAGAAGUUACAACGACUUAUAGCUGACGCCAAGUUCAGAUACUCAAAGUCUCUUAAAGCCCUUGAGAAAAUAUCGGAAGAGAUUCACAGAAGACGGGGCGAGUACCCACCAGAUAAGGACUCUAUACCCGUCGGUCCUCGAGAACCAGGUGUCGGCGCGGAAAGAGACGCCAUCCAUGACGAAGACGCAGCGAAAGCUGAACACGAGAAAGACGAAGAUUCUAGUCUCCAAGAACUGAGGAUGCGCGUCAGAGAACUCGCUUCCAAACCCAUAGAGAAAGACAUUGAAACCGACGAAGCGUGGGCUCUGGAACUAAACGAGACCAUCAACAAACUCGACCAGCUGCUGAUGAUGAAGGAAAAUAAUCAGCAGAAGAGGUCCAAGUUCACCGCUAGUUCUCCCAGGAACUCUAGCGCGCCCUCUACCAGUACGAAUACUGGGAAAUACAACGAUCCACCGAGCGACAGCUGGAAGACUGAGACCAACCUAACUAGGACUAAAUCUAUAAGCAAGGAUGUGGUCUAUGAACACAGUAACCCACCGAUUAGUAAGACGGAGAAGUCUAAAAGCAUGAUGUCUUUAGACGUACUCGCCUUAGCUAGGGACACGAAUAUGAUGGACAGGGAAUCGUACCUCAAAGCUGUUAUUGAAGACAAAUCCCCAACAGGGACGUAUACAGAGAGUAAUUCCGACAGGAACGACACUCCUGACGAGAUCCUGAUGGUGGAAUGCGACUCCAGCGACUCCAACCAGAACCCUGUCAUCAGGAUGACCAGCUCCACCGUCUCUGACAGCGACAACAGCUAAAUAUGGCAAGCGAUGAACGAAACAUACAUUUCUAUGAUUGGUUGUGGAAUCUAAUACUAAUUUUAAAAUGAUUUAAAAAUGGAAUAGAAUAGACGGUACCGUCUUUUUUAAAAAAAAGAAAUGGCUAACGGAAAUUUUGUUUGUGAAAAAAUGCUUUAAUUUUCUUUUAUUUGUGAUUAAUAAUUAUUUGAUUUAGUUAUGUCUGUGUGCUAACAAUGCAAUCUUUAGUAGCUCGUCAAUUUCUUACAUGUUAGAUGUUUUUCUAAUUAAUAUGGAAAAGUUUAUAAUAAAAAUGGUUAAACGAUUGUGGGACUGUUUAGUGUAGUGUAGAAGCGCUAGUAUUUUGUUCAUUUGUAAAGUUUUGAUAAACAGGAAUAAUCAAAUCUUGACUUGCCAUUUUGAAAUAACUAUCGCAAAAACUUCAUUAUUUAUGAAAUAGCUUCUAUAGAGUCACAUUCAGUAUUAUUUAAAAUAUGAAUACAACAUACUUUGUAUGCAACUUGAUAAAAAUACUGUCUUCAAAACACGUUUCGUAGAUUAAAAUAUAUCUUUAAGUAAACCAGGAGGGUCGAUUUCAUAAAACAUGUCUUAUUACACGCGAAUAAAGCCUAUUUUAAAUUGGAACAAGUGAUCAUUGGAAAGUCGAAAGAUUAAUUAUAAAUGUUAUUCAUUAUUUAGUUUACGAAACCGACAUUUCUAAAGAUUAAGAAACAAAUAUAAGUAUUGUCGUAACUGUAUUACUCAUAAUUGAACUACCAUUGUCAAAUAAAAUUAGACAUUACAACAAUCCUUAUUUACAGCUAAUACAAUCAAAUUUGAACUCUAUUUACGUGAUUAAAUUAAUAUCAUUUUAGCAAGAAAAGAAACAACCGUCAAUCUUUGACUGCACGAUUGGAUUGCUCGAUUGGCACACAACGUGCAGUGGGUUUGAUACCCGCACGGAGUAAUUCUUUGUGUGAUCCAAUGUUGUUUCGGGUCUGGGUAUCAUAAGUAUGUGAACUUGUAUGUUUGUAAACGCACCCACGACGCAGGAGAAAAUCCUAGUGUGAGGCAACGUCUUUUUUUAAGAAGAAAAAAGAAAAUGAUAUCUUAUUACAAAGGCUAUAAAUACUAUAAUCAAAUCACGUAAAUUAUAUUUUCAUUUUCUUUAUUUAUUGAAUUGUUAAUAUGUUCAAUUUUAUUUGUAAUGGUAUGAUAACUCUAAAUGCAUUUUGAUUCAUGAGCCAUACCAGUCCACCGACUAUAGCUCACAAAUUAUAAUUUAUUUAAUUAUAAUUUUAAUAGAGUAGUGUUCCAAAUCUCAUAUAAUAUGUAAAUACAGUAAAUAAUAAUAUUUGCGAAAAUAACAUCGAAAUCAAUAUAACAUUUUUCUAUAGGGAGAGUCAUAGAGAUAUGCUAUCUCACUUGCACGCGUUUAUUCUAAUAGUGAUGACGUCACAGUGUGUAUCGUGCAUCUCUUUCUCUACACCGUUCACGAGAUUCUAGGUAAUACACUAUGUGUUGUGUACGUUUUUUCAUUGAAUAAAAACACUUCAGUUUAAUUGUUUAGUGUAAAAUAGUAAAUAGUCAAGAUUUUAGGCUUAAUUCUUUCAUUUAAGUAUGGAUAGUGUAUGGUUGUAUGCCUUCUAACUGUCUAGAAGGAUUGACGCCCGAAUACUCAAAUGCUAUUCAAUUUUAAGUUGUACUUGAAUAUCGUACUAUCUCUGUCUUUUUAUAUAGAAUUAAUAGAGACAGAACUAGUCUUAAAAUUGAGUAGCGUUUAUAUAUUUGGACAUAAAUCUUGUAAUUUUACGUCGAUUCACUCUUUUAACUAAUCACUAGGCGUUGGUCACAAGCCAUUCUUAGAUAUAUUAUGUCCGAAAUGGAUGCACUCUAGAGUUAUAGAAAAUAAAACUCUUUAAGGCCAGUCCAUAGAUUUGGUUUGCAUGCGAUGCGUAUGCGCAAGUGUGUAUUAAAGUUUAAAAAAUAAAAUGAAUAACAUUUUACAAGUAAACGGUAGCUGGAUCUCGCUUAGUGAUUGAACAAGUACUUAAAUAAUUACAAGUGAAUGUGAAUUUAAAGGGGUCCCGCCCAUUUUGUAUGUAUCGAAAUUUUUCUAAACAAUUUUUUAUAUGGAAAGGAUUAAAAACUUUUGUAGGAAUGAUAAGCUCGGUGGGGGUUGAAUAGAUAGGGGUUAGGCAAUUGUGAUGGAGUCUUAAUUAGUCAAAAUCAGUACUAACACAUUAUAAAAAAUAUAUUUUAUUAAAUUACCUAAGUUGAAUGAAUUAGAUACCAAAUCGAAGAACAAGACUUUUGACUAAGUAUUUAGUAGUCUGCUAGAACUGCUAUUGUACAUAAAGUUCUAAGUUUGUUUCUCGAGUUGUUCUUACGGCCGAAAUUAUAUAGACAAUUUUUAACAUAAGUUGAAUUAACUAAAAAUCACGGUUUAGUCAUGUAAACUGACGGUUGGACUCUUCAUCAUGAGCAGCGUGCGCGGACGCGGCGACGUCGCGCAACCAACUGGUUAGACUGCAUGAAGAGUCCCUCUGUGUCUCGAAACUAGUAGUGCUUUUCUCCAUUAAUUUACAUAAGUCAACCGUGAUUUUUUAGUAUAUCAAACUAUCUUUAUCCAAAGAUUUUAUUAUUAAUGAUCGGUUAUUUAUUUCGGCCGUUACUAAUAUCAUGGGCUUUAACACGUUAAAACAUGUAUUUAAUUAUUUUAGCGCAUUUAAUAAUACAUACUAACAAUACAAGCGAUGAUAAUAAAUUGCUCAAAUAAUGAAUCUUCAAGCAACGUAAACAUUGAUAGUGCCUUCAUUUGUAUUUAACAUUUUCAUUGAAGCAACCGAAACUGAAGACUGGAAUGAGGUUGGUACUAAGACGGUUAUAGAGCUAUUAUUGUAAUUGAUAUUUAGGCUGGGUCUAGAUGUCCUUAGAUUCUGCUAGAAUGACAUUACCUAAGUUGCAUAGCGCUCUGCUUAACCGGCUCGAAUAAACCAACUAAUCAAAGCGCCGAACGCGCUAUCAUUUGGUUUUCGUUCAACGUACCAAAACCCAACUGGUAGUAAGGGUACUGAUGACGUCUGUGCAAUUCUGCUAGAUUACUGGCAUAACAUAAAAGUAGAAUACAAUAGAAGUUAGUAUAAUGGGAUUGCUAUUAUGAUUAUAACUGCUGUAUAUCAGUGUAAUCAUCAUAAACCUGUGGCAAAAUAGUAAAGCAAACUCAUACUAAGAGUAUUGAUCGAUUGGUUCAUUCGCGUCGGCAACGUAAAGUAAACUAGUACUAGGGUGAGCUGAUUGCUGUAAAUUAAGCGAAUGUUGUAUGUCCAUUCGGUAGUACAGUCAUCUAAACCCAGCUCUAUAUGAUUUUUAAUUAUAUAUUCGAGUCGAUGAGGGUUCCAUACAUACUCAUAAGUUUAAGAAUAAAUAAAUAUAUCUUUAAAUCUUUGCGUAUAUAUUUAAAUUAAGGUGAUGCAUUUAUGAAACAUCGAGUGAGUUUGUGGCAAUGGAGUUUUAACGUUUUUAAUACUUGCCAAGCUAAAUUGAUUCUUGUCUACAUGGAUUUUGGAACUUAAAUUGUAUUAAAUCCAUUGUCACGUGGUUGUAGGAUAAAAUUUACAUUUUAAGUUGAAUUUAGAUUACUUAUUUAACAUUAUUGAUAGCAUGGUCACAAUUAUUUUAUGAAAACACUAAUUUAAUGAAAAUACAAACAGUUAUUUGCGAUAUUUUUAGCAAUAUUUCUACGAGAAACUUAAGAUUGAGUACUAAAUAAGUUGCUAAAAAUAUUGUACAUGACUUUUAAAUGGCAGCCAUAUCUGCGACACAAAAAAUGUAAUUGAAUCAUAAAAAUAAUAUAAUCGAUUUGGAAUUCGUGCAGAUUUCUUUGGUUUGUAUUCAAAAGAAUGAGGAAAUAUGUUUGGUUAAAAUAGAAAUAAAAUAAUAAUGUCAAUCUAAUAUGUGUUUAGACCUCACAAGCACUGAACGUACGUAAAUGUGUCGCACUAUCGAAACUCUUCACAUAGCAAAUAGCAAUGAAGUUUGUAUGUUCGUAAACUUUCAACAUCUACGUGUUUUUCAAUAAAAAAUAAUGUUGUCAA